AUGGCCACCGUGGAGCAGAAGGCCCUGGGCAUUGGCUUCAAGUGUCUCUCUUUGGCCACUUUUGUGCUCAUCUGCGCCGGCCAAGGGGGACGCAGGGAGGAAGGGGGUCCAGCCUGCUACGGGGGAUUUGACCUGUACUUCGUUCUGGACAAAUCAGGAAGUGUGCUGCACCACUGGAAUGAAAUCUAUUACUUCGUGGAACAGUUGGCUCAUAAAUUCAUCAGUCCACAGCUAAGAAUGUCCUUUAUUGUCUUCUCUACUCAAGGAACAACCCUAAUGAAGCUAACAGAAGACAGGGAACAGAUCCGUCAAGGCCUAGAAGAACUCCAGAAGGUUCUGCCAGGAGGAGACACUUACAUGCAUGAAGGAUUUGAAAGGGCCAGUGAGCAGAUUUAUUAUGAAAACAGUCAAGGAUACAGGACAGCCAGCGUCAUCAUCGCUCUGACUGAUGGGGAACUGCAUGAGGACCUCUUCUUCUAUUCAGAGAGGGAGGCUAACAGAUCCCGAGAUCUUGGUGCGAUCGUUUACUGUGUGGGUGUGAAGGAUUUCAAUGAAACACAGCUGGCCCGGAUCGCAGACAGUAAGGAUCACGUGUUUCCGGUAAAUGAUGGCUUCCAGGCCCUGCAAGGCAUCAUACACUCAAUUUUGAAGAAGUCCUGCAUCGAAAUUCUAGCAGCUGAACCAUCCACCAUAUGUGCAGGAGAAUCAUUUCAAGUAGUUGUCAGAGGUAACGGCUUCCGACACGCCCGCAACGUGGACAGGGUCCUCUGCAGCUUCAAGAUCAAUGAGUCAGUGACGCUCAAUGAGAAGCCCUUCACUGUGGAAGAUACUUAUUUGCUGUGUCCAGCGCCUAUCUUAAAGGAAGUUGGCAUGAAAGCCGCGCUUCAGGUCAGCAUGAACGACGGCCUCUCCUUCAUCUCCAGUUCUGUCAUCAUCACCACCACACACUGUUCCGAUGGCUCCAUCCUGGCAAUCGCCCUGCUGAUCCUGUUCCUGCUUCUGGCCCUGGCUCUCCUCUGGUGGUUCUGGCCCCUCUGCUGCACCGUGUCCGAUGGCUCCAUCCUGGCAAUCGCCCUGCUGAUCCUGUUCCUGCUUCUGGCCCUGGCUCUCCUCUGGUGGUUCUGGCCCCUCUGCUGCACCGUGUAUGGCCAGAUCAGGCAUAACAGACACUACGAGGCCAGCCUUCUGCAGCCGUCAGCAUCCUCUUGCUUCCUGCUGGUCCUGGAAGAAGAAAUCUGA